AUGUCUUCUAACAUAUAUUUAACAUAGACUUAAAUUCAUGAUUUGUUUUAACCAUGUGAAACCAAAAAAACUGAGAUAAAAACAUUAGAAAUACCUUCAUUUGGAGAUGUUAAUUCAAGUGAGUAGUCCCCAGAGUUUCAGUAGGAAGUAUAUGAAUUUGAUUAUUAUUUAAGGCAUAUUAUUUCCUUUCUAGUUGCAAAAAGGAUGAAAACUACACCACAAAUCCAACAAACAACACAAACAGACACUUGAGUUAGGAUUCUAUAAUAGAACUGAAAGAUGAUACAGUUAGAAGUAUGUAACAAUGUUUAUUUAGUUCAGUAUCUAAGGCUGAAUAUGAAAGUUUGAAGAAAGAUGCUUAAAACUACUAGGCUUUGAUGAAACUGAAUGGUAAAUUGAAGGCUCAUAAAUAGCUAAUAAGUUAAACAAAUUCUUAUAAAUGUAUAAAUGAUUGUUAUGUAAAAUUUAGCAUAGAUUUAUGUUGUACAAGAAUGUAACAAGAAAUUAUAGGGACACAUUUAUGAAUUGAUACAGAAUAUAAAAAUGUUAGAAACAGAAAAUUAAUAGUAUUCUGAAGAUUUACUAAUAUUGAGAUUAUAGAUAUAGGAUCAAUUAAAAAUAAUACAAUAAGGGAAGAUUGAUAUGGAGAGAUUAAAAAUAUAGAUGAUAGAAAAAGAAGAAAGUUUUAUAAAAUUACAAGAUAAUUACAAUAAGCUUUUUAAGGAAACUGAAAGGACAAAGAAUUCUAAGAGUGCUUAACGUAGCACUUAUGUUUCUACUCAUACUUCUAGUCCUUUAUUCAAAGGAUUAUCAAGAAUUUGUCUUAAUAAUUACUGUAACACUAGUUUUGUUAUUGAAAAAUAGCGAUGA